GUGUGAUAAUUUAUUAUUUUAGUUAAUGUCAGUUUGUAUGUAUAUAUUAAUUUGUUUAAAUGCAUUUUUGCGAGCUGACGCCCGGAAGUAACCGCGGAAUCGUACACUUACAACUUGUCAUAAAGUUAAAAGACUUUCAAAUCUCCUUCAACAGACAAAAGAAGUUAAUCCUCUUCACUAGUGUUAGGACUGGAGAUUCCUUCAGUGUUUGCCCUGAAUACUCCUAUAGCCUCCUAGAACAACAGAAAAUCUAUAAAGGGAAUUGCUAUAAAUUUAAUAUAUCCCUCGCUUUACCACAGGAACUUAAUCAUCUAAGGGAGAAUCCGGAAAAUAAUAAUUUACCCCAAGAUUCUCAAGACAUACUCACAAACUUAAUAUACAUAAACAAUAAAGCCCACAAUAUUCUCAAACCACUCCUCAGUCACAAUUACACUAAUAAUUCUGUCAAUUCCCUCUGUAAAUCUGAUUAUCUGGUGAAUUGUGUAGAUUUUGUGAAUUCUGAUUAUCUGGUGAAUUGUGAUUAUCUGGUGAAUUGUGUGGAUUUUGUGAUUUUGGGCGACGUUUUGCAGGGUGUUAGCGUGCGUUCGGUUGGCGAAUUUCACCUGUUGCAGUUCCGCAUUUUAAUCGAAUUUGAUCCUAAAUUAUCUUUCAUCACGUUACUGUCAAGGGCUCAAACUGAUAUUCACCCUGGGCACCGUGGUAACUCUGUUAACCCCGUGGACUGCGUGGUCCGGUGUAAACGCUGUGAUAAUCUCCUACGUGAGUUAACAAAAGUUAGGCUCAUUUUACUACCUUCAGAUUUGUAUUUGAACUCCAUCGGCUCAAUUUACUGCGAAGAGUGUCAGCCACAACUCACCCACAACCACACGCCCAAACCCACACACCGCAAAUUAGCCUUCAUCUCCGAUACGUCACUCAUCCUACAGUACAACACUGGGAACACUCCUGCUACUGGGAAUAUUACUACUACUGGGAAUACUGAGACUACUGGGAACACUGAGACUACUGGGAACACUGAGACUACUGAGUGUUCAUUUGGUUGUGAUAAGUGUGGUACGGAACUGGGCGUAUUGGAGGACGGAAUAUUGUAUGACAAGAGCAAAGUCUCGUUGAUAGUUGACGGAAUUGACAUUUUUUACCGCUUUAGUGACGUGAUUGACACUAUCGAGAAGGUCCAGUUUGACCCCCGUUUAACCCUCAAAUUGUGUUGUAACAGUGAAGUCAUUAGCAUCAUCAAAGCCUCCAAGGAUCCAGACACUUUCAUCCUCACACACAAUAAUCCCGUCGUCACUUCCAGGAUUCUCUACACACACACUGACAGUGUGGACAGUUUCAACAGUGUGACGGGUGACAGUGCGGAGUAUCAGUUGGAUGAGCCUGAAUUCCUUCAUAUAAAACUGUUGUUGUUUGUGUUUUCACAUGAUUUAAACUCCAAAGGCUGGAUCUCGUCUCUGCUGCCACAGUUGUAA